AUGGCUAGCAGCCGCUCGUCUCGCCAGUCCACUCCGUCGCUCAAGUCGCAGCAGCCGCCGGCCUCACCACCUACACCCGCUACCCCCAUCCCACCCCCAGUCCCCGUCGAGACCCAUCCCAACCGCGCUGGCCUCAAGGCUCGGCCUGUACGACACCUCUCGCCGGAUCCAAGCAGGCUUGCGCCGGAAGACGCUUACUUUACUUCGCCUCCAAGGCUACGUCCGGGGAACGUAGCGGCAGGCGCCAGUAGAGAUGGCGGAAGUACCACGAACGAGACAGCGAGACUACUCAACAGGAGCGUUGCGACUCCAGCAGCGGUAGCGGCACUGCGGAUUCCGCCUGCGGUGCCUGGAUUGGACUCGAAGCCCGUCAAGGAUCGUCGGAGGGAUCGAGGUCGUCGCAAGAGAAAGGGACAAUGGAAGAAGCUUCUAUGGGUCAAGCAGUCUUAUCCUGAUAACUACACGGACACUGAGACUUUUCUCGACCAUUUACAGCGAAACCCUCGGCUUCAACCGUACGAUUUCUGGCCGCUGGUGGCUGAUUUCACCGUCAUCGUACAGCAUGUCUGCUCCGUCAUCAUAUUCGUCUGCUGCUUUACUGUCAUUUUCCAGGAGCGUGUCAACCCGAUAACCGUUGUCAGCUGCGGAAGUAUCUGCACCAUCCUUGGCUGGGUAGUCUGGGACUACUGGGUCGCAAAGGAUGGCAUGGAAGCCGCAGAAGCCAUGGAAGCAAUCAAGCUACUGAAGGAGUCUAGCGCAACUACUCGUAACCACUCUACUUCCAGCUGCAGUAACCCAGAGAGCCUUGAUGGAAAGGAGAACGAUGUGAACGGCGGCCUUGGGUUGUCUCUGGAUACGUCGAGUGUUGGAAGCGUGCCGAGUAGAGAAGGCUCAGACUCUGGCUCAGGAACUCGCUCACACUCUAUCAGCACCUCGGCAACAUCCUUGCAUUCAGAGCAGUCUGCUCAUCUCUCACUGUCUCCCGUUUCGAUGAACGCUUCGGACUGCGUACUUGGAUCCAAGGCAAACACUUCUUGCGGCAAGUCGUCCGGCGUCGCCACCCCACAAUCACCGCUUCAAAUACCCUCGCCAACAGCAGCUUUCAUAGCAUCGCGGCACCGACAGAUGUUCACUACCGUCAAAUCUGCGUUGUUAAUAUUCUGCACCUUGCGUGGUCUCAGUCCCAUUCUUAAAUCGCUCACCAAAUCAACAACCAGCGACUCAAUAUGGGCCAUGAGCUGCUGGCUAAUGGCCAUCAACAUCUUUUUCUUUGAUUACGGAUCUGGAGAGAAAAAUACCCCUGUUGGUGGCGCUGCUACAGCCAACUUUCCUGCCUCUCUUUCAACUAACGCAGCCCUCAUGGCAUCCACCGUGCUUGCAUCUCGCCUAAAAUCUACUUCUCAUGUCUUCAGCCUUACCCUCUUUUCGAUUGAGGUUUUUGGACUCUUUCCCGUCUUUCGUCGCCAUUUGCGCUCUUACUCAUGGCGCGGGCAUGUGGCUCUCACCAUGGCUUUGGUUGUGUUUGCCAGUGCAUCGGUCGGCAUCACACUUAGAGGUGGUCUCUCGGGUGCCAUCAUUGGUAUUCUCAUAGGCAGCCCGUCGACUGCAUUGAUAAUGGGAUGCUGUAGCUGGUGGCUCAUAAGCCUGCAGCGGUAUAAGAAUGUUGUCAUUGGACCCUGGGAUCCAGCAAAGCCCAUCAUACGACGGCACUGGGACUGA